AUGGCCACUAAGCUUCUUUUAAUUACAUUCGCCAUCUGCAGAUUGAUUGUUACGGUUGGAUUAACCGUGGACCCCACGGAGCUUCUCCGGCUUGUUGUUGACGGUCAGCUCAGCGUCGACCCCUCCGACGUCGACACCGCCUCCAAGGACUUCGGCUUGAUGACCCGAGCCGAGCCCCUGGCCGUUCUGCACCCGGGCUCUGCCCAAGACGUGGCCAGACUCGUGCGAGCCGCUUACUCUUCGGCUCACGGAUUCACGGUCUCGGCCAGGGGCCACGGGCACUCCAUCAACGGACAGGCGCAGACCAACAAUGGGGUCGUCAUUGAAAUGAACGGCGGCGGAUCAUCAGGAAGAGUUAUGAGUCGGGUAAGAAGUGGGUCGGGUCGGGUUUCGGAGAAGGGUAUGUACGUGGACGCCUGGGGUGGGGAGCUGUGGAUAGAUGUGCUGAUGAGCACGCUGGAAUAUGGACUCGCACCAAAGUCGUGGACGGACUACUUGUACUUGUCGGUCGGAGGAACCCUCUCCAACGCCGGUAUCAGCGGCCAAGCGUUCAAUCAUGGCCCUCAGAUUAGCAGUGUUGAUGAGCUCGACGUCGUUACAGGCAGGGGCGAGCUAUUGACAUGUUCAGAAGAGAAAAACGCAGAGCUGUUCCACGCUGUUCUUGGUGGGCUAGGGCAAUUUGGAAUCAUCACUAGGGCUAGAAUUGCUCUGGAACCUGCCCCCCAAAGGGUGAGGUGGAUCCGAGUACUGUAUUCCAACUUUUCGGCUUUUACCAAAGAUCAGGAAUUCCUCAUCUCUCUGCAUGGGCAACCCUCCACCCACAAGUUCGACUAUGUCGAGGGUUUCGUAAUUGUAGAUGAAGGCCUCAUCAACAAUUGGAGGUCCUCUUUCUUCUCUCCUAGCAACCCUGUCAAAAUCACCUCUAUUAAUUCUCAAGGGGGUGUUUUAUAUUGCUUGGAGAUUACCAAAAACUACCAUGAAUCAACCGCUGAUACAAUUGACCAGGAAAUAGAGGGUUUGUUAACAAAAUUGGAUUUUGUACCCACGUCGGUCUUCACAACGGAUCUUCCUUACGUGGAUUUUCUGGACCGGGUCCACAAGGCCGAGCUGAAGCUCCGGUCCAAGAGUUUGUGGGACGUGCCUCACCCAUGGCUUAACCUUUUUGUCCCCAAAUCAAGGAUUUCUGACUUCGAUAAGGGGGUGUUCAAGGGUAUUUUGGGCAACAAGACAAGCGGGCCCAUCCUCAUUUACCCCAUGAACAAAGACAAGUGGGACCAGAGGAGUUCGGUGGUGACACCCGAUGAGGACAUCUUUUACCUAGUGGCAUUGCUAAGAUCCGCCUUGGAUACUGGCGAUGAGACCCACACCUUGGAGCACCUUACCAAUCAGAACCGUCAGAUCCUCAAAUUCUGUGAUGAUGCAGGCAUCAAGGUGAAACAGUACCUUCCCCAAUACACUACACAGGAGGAGUGGAUGGACCACUUUGGAGAUAAGUGGGGCCAAUUUUACCAGAGGAAGUUGGAUUUCGACCCCCGGCGCAUUUUAGCCACUGGCCAACGUAUUUUUAGCCCAUCCUCUUCCGUUUCAAUUUCUAAUCACGGUGGUGGUGAUAAAUUGUUGUCAAUUUCUUGA